AUGGCAUCCGGCAGCCUGCUGGAUGGCCUGCACUUUUCGCGCUCCCUCGCCGAUGAGGAUGCAGCUGGGGCUUCUCCACGACGGAAGGCCGGUACGGAAUCCCCAGAUUCAGUGGCGAUCCAAGACAUCAAGAAGCUCGAGAAGGACGGCGACGGUGUCACCUACCUCGUCGACUCCCUGACGGCCGAGUCACGACCUCGGGGGGAGCUUGGCUCGACACAGCCAAUGGAGACGAUGGGGCAGUUUGUCCUAUGUCAACGAGCAUGGUACCGGGCGAUGACGGACUUGAAUGCCGAGCUGAAGUUGCCCGACAUGAUCCUAGCGGAGCAGCUGUUGAACAAUGCCGGGCUCACCAAAGACCAGAAGCUCAUGAUCCGAACGGUCCUGCAAGGCGACAUGAUGUUCGACAAGGCAACCGAGGAGCUGAUUUCUCAGCACCCUCGGAUACACGAGCGAGCCCAAGGACAUCCAGGUCUACACCGCCGGCCCUUUGGAGAUCACCGAGUACAACUAGGAGCACAUCGAGGGUUACCAAAGGGUCCGAAGGGCAAGGGGAUGCACUAUCCCGGAAAGCCUCGGUCCUCUGGAUAUGCAGCAGAAGUCGAAGGACAUCCCACUGAGGAGGACUACGUCACCGAGGAGCUCGAUUACCAGGACGACGACCCCACCGAGCACCUCGUGUACCUCGCGGAAUGGGGCUUGGACUUGGAGGAUCCCGAGGCUUGCGGAAGUGAUCCAAGCCCACGAAGAGGCCUACUUCGCUGGCAAGGCUGCGCGGCAAAAGGGGCACGCUGGCUUCCACAACGGGUUGUCUGGCUCGACAACCUGCAGGCGUUGUGGAGCUGUGGGUCAUGGGAGUGGAGACACGAUAUGUCCACUCCAAAAGGGCAGAUUCGCAAAGGCCAGCACGUCUUCUACGAGCACCGCGGGCACUUCUUCACCCCCUGGCAAGAGUGGAAUCAGUUGCUCCAAGCUCUUGGACCUGCCCACCACGCUACGCCACCACUGCCAGACCUUCAGUAUGGCUCCACCUCCGACCGCACAGCGGGAGCCAUGGACGUCACCUACUACAAGACUAAGACCAGAACAAUGCGGAGCAUGGACGUCAUGUACUACUUCAUCAUCGCACUACGUCAGCUGGAUCCAACGCCCACUACCACCAGGUAA